CGCAACGAUGCCUAAGCGCGGCUCGUUGGCUUUUCCCCUUCAAUUUCUGACAAUUAUCUUUUGUUUCUCACAAAUAAUUUCUAUACAACAAACCAAAGUCAAUGGGUUUCGUGAGUGCCCCGUCGACCUGAGCAAAUGCCACCCUUGCGACACUAAUUGGCUCUGCCGCUGCAAUUCAUUUAAAAAAAAUAUGAAUCUGACUUGCGACAACAAAACAGGGCUACUGAAUCUCUAUGACGGAAGAACUGGCGGUUUGAUGUGUCCUGAGAGCAAAGAGCUUUCUCAGUGUCGAUUCUAUCAUCACAAUGCAAGCGACAGACAAAAUUUUGAAAUGUGCUUUGAGGCGAUCAGGAAGGACACCUGCGAAACUAUUUUAAAUCUUCCAUCGACUGAUGAUGGAAACAAAGAAAAUAUCAUCAAGAAACCCAACAUAACUUUACACGAGUGUCCGACCGAUCUUUACAAAUGCAACAAAAGUUCAUCAUUAAAUUACUUCUGCCCAUCCCUCGGAAGAAACAUCACCAUUCCCUGCGGCUCUAGAAAUAUUUCCGCCUUUUUUAACCAGACCACCGGACUUCCACUUUGUCCUGAUGUUGAGAUUCCUCCGAAUGAAUGUUCCUCCCUGGCGACCAUCAAAAAGGCCUGGUGCCAACGACAGGUUUUCCUUUCUUCAAAUUCUGAAACUAACCGCAAUGGCCGAGAACUUUCUGCGAGCGAUGAUCCAAAAACUGAAAAAUGGACUCCUCGGAAGAUAUUCUUGGUGGUCAACCUGGCCCUUCUUGCUGUGGUUCUGCUCGGGAUUUGUGCAAUUAUUUGGCUGAUUCCCAAAGUCAUCCGAGAGCGCCGCCGAAGCUCCUCAGACACCAACAAUCAAACAGCGGAAAAUUCAGUUUAUGCGGAAAAUCAAAUGUGAUCGAAAAAAACUAUCACAAAUAUUAGGAUGUUUAUGAAAAAUAUAUAAAAUUCCUUAUUUGGUUAGUUCCAUACUUUUUGUAUAAUCAAAUGAAUGAAAAAUUUAUAUUUUGAAACACCCUCUCCGGUCAAAUGUAUUGCUCUCUAUUCUGAAAGAUUGUUAAAUUUCGAGUAUAUCUUUUGAAAACACUAUUUGAAAAUUCCAAACCGUUGCGUCUCAAUCAAAAGAAAACCUAAAUACGAGUGAUUCGCGCGAAAAACAUGUGAGAAUUG